CCGCUCCGUUCCGCUGCUCUUCCGUUCCUGUCGCUGCUCCUCCACUCCCGCCGCCACCAUGCCUAUGUUCGCCAUCCACACCAAUGUCUGCAAGGACGCCGUGCCCGACAGCCUGCUGGGGGACCUCACCCAGCAGCUCGCCAAGGCCACCGGCAAGCCGGCGCAGUACAUCGCUGUGCACAUCAUACCUGAUCAGAUGAUGUCCUUUGGGGGCUCCACCGAUCCCUGCGCACUCUGCAGCCUUUACAGCAUCGGCAAAAUAGGAGGGCAGCAGAACAAGACCUACACCAAGCUUCUGUGUGACCUGAUCUCGAAGCACUUGCAUGUAUCUGCAGACAGGGUGUACAUCAACUACUUUGACAUGAACGCUGCCAAUGUGGGCUGGAAUGGUUCCACCUUUGCGUAGAGCUCUCCCCUCUGUCUGAAGAGGCUGCUCCUGGACCUACACCUAUCCCUGCCCCUUAGCAGAGACCACUGCACAAAUGUGUUGCAUUUUGUGCACUCUCACAGGUCAAUGGUUCCUUGCUAGUGUGUUUAAAUAUUGCUGCUUCAACAUUCCUCUGUUUUCUCUGUAUAGAAAAUGAAUAAAGAUUUCAAAGUAAGCUGUCUGGUGUGGGCUUUGGCAGGCAGGGGAUGGCAUAUGGAUGUCGGCAAUGUACCAGUUUCAUUUUGAUCGCUGAAGCGGACAAAGGGGACACUUUGGCUUUGUUUUCAUUUCUCAGACGUGGCAUUUCACAGCACGGCUCGACUGAGUGGCAGGUGCCUGACCUCAAAAUAAAGCA